AUGCUAUGGUGGAGCGGAAGUUGCUGUGGCAGCUCAAGGAAAUUGAGCAGUAACACCAGCAAGGAGUUAUCAGAGUUGAUUCACUCUGAAGAAAACAUCCCAGCAAACAAGGACGUUCUUGAAGAGAUCACCCCUCGGCAAUUUGAUGAGCUGGACAAAGCCAUCGAGAUUGCAGAGAUCGAGCAGUAUCUUAGCAGGGUGACCAUCUUCUCUACUCUCAUGCCCAAGGAAAUCUCCAUCCUUGCAAGAUCUCUCAAGCCUUCUACCUUGAGGGAUGGGGAAUAUGUGUACCGCCAGGGUGACGUUGCUGAUGACUUCUUCCUCAUCAUGGGAGGCUCCGUGCAGAAAGUGGUUGAGAGCGGUGAUGGCGAGAAGCCGGGUAUCUCUGUUGGAAAUCCCCUGUUUCACGGUCAAUACUUCGGACAGAAUGCGCUGGCCAUGGCCGGCAGCAAACGAUCUUGCAGCAUGAAAGUUGUUGGCAAGACAGAGCUGCGAUCGAUCAGUCGCGAUGCAUUCGUAAGCAACUUUGGGCCUUUGAGCGACAUUCUUCGAAGAGAUACGAUCUUGUUCGAGAAGUUUCAGACGUACUUCUCCCAAUGA